AUGGAUUUCCAAUUUUUUGAUGAUCCUUUAACUGAUAACACUAUUUUUCUCCUUGUAAUGAUAGGAGGUACUAUGUUUUUAGUUACUAUAAUAAUGGGAUAUAUUAUAUUACAAAAGAGAAAGCAAAAUUUUGUCCUUAAUUGGUAUGAGAAUAAUCUUUUGGAAAUGUCAACAUCAAAACCAAUUUAUGGUUCAAAUAACAAAAUACAAAAUAAGAUAAAAACUAUAAAAUACAAAAAUAUUAGGAGAAUGGAUACUGAGGAUGAAAGUGUAUCACAUUCUAGUCCAAUAAUGAUACCAAGUAAAGAGUCAAAGUGUAGUGGUAUUUCAAAAGUUAUUGUUGGUGAUAGAAGAAAGUCAAUAAUUAAAAAUAUAACUUCAGAUUUGGAUAACAAAGACUACUUGUUAAAUCUUAAUAAUAGUGAUAAUAAUGUUGAUAGGAAAAAUUUAUCAGGAUUGUUUGUUGUACCAAAAUUAAAUAAACCCCAUACAUCAUUAUUUGAGGGUAUCUCCCAAAAUCAAAUUGAUCGUGGUUUGUAUAAGACAAGUUUUGGUGACAUGGAAUCAUGUUAUGAUGAGGAACAAACAUCUGGUGGUUGUUGUGGUAGUAUUAAAAUUUCUAUGUUUUUAGAUUCAACUUUAAAUUUAUUUACAAUUAUUCUUAAACAGGCUAAUGAAUUAAUUUCUAAAAGGACAGAAGAAUUACCUAAUCCAUAUUUUAAGAUUAGUCUUGAGGUUCCUGAAAGUAAAGAGGGAAAAGUUACUCAUACAUCAAAAGUUUAUAAAAAUACAAAUAAUCCAGAAAUAAAUCAAGAAUUUUUCUUUCAAAUUCCUUCAAAUGUUGAUAUAACACAAUGUCGUUUAGAAAUAUUAGUAUAUGAUUAUGAUCAAUUUUCUGUUGAUGAAGGAAUUGGUUAUAUAUGGUUAACACUAGGAAGAUUAGGUAUAACCCAAUUUACAGAUAAACCAUUAUGUUUUUGGGCUGAGGUAUUACCAAUAGAAGAAGGUGCCGGAAAUGAGUAUGGUGAGGUACUUUUAUCAUUUUCAUAUUUAUCAAAAGCCCAAAGAUUGACGGUAAAUGUUUUUAAAGGUAGAAAUCUUUCUAUUUCAUCAAAUGAAUCACAAGUUAGUACCUCCAUUCGUAUAUCACUCCUCCAUUUAGAGGGUGAAAAAAGACUUAAAAGAAAAAAGACAUCUUCAAAAAAGAAUACAUCAAAUCCACAAUUUAAUGAAUCAUUAAAUUUUAAUGUUCCAAAAAAUUCUCUUUGUGAUAUGUUAUUGGAGGUUGAAGCUGUUACUGAAUAUGGUACAUUUGGUAUGUCUCAUAAAAUAAUAGGAAAAAUAAAUAUACCACUUCAUAAAUGUAAAGAUUUAUGGAGAGGUAUUAUACAUGAACAAAAAUGUCAAGCUCGAUGGUAUCAAUUAGAGAGAGCAUAA